CCUCGUUCGGCUGUGACCGCUCUCGCUCCCUCACAACCUGCUCACGACUCGCCUAGGGUUUGGGGCCUUGGGGCAGGCGGCCGGCUGCCGGCGAGCGGCAGCCGGGCAGCGCUGUUACGAGCCAGGACUGCUACGAGCUGCUACUGCUAGGAGCUAGCGGCUGGAGGCGCGCGCACAUCGGCGAUAUAGAUUCGCCACUGCCUUCAAUCACAGCGGAGGACACAUCGUCUCAAGGGAGGAGCGCAGUGCAGCGCAGCGGCGGAGGCGAUGGGGCGGCGAAGGCCCAAGAAAAAGGAGGGGCGGAUCGACGGCAUCAUUGACAACCUUGCUCAGUACGGCUUCCCUAGGACCCAAAUCCGCAAGACCGUCAACGACCUCCUACAGCUGUACGGGAGGGAUGGCUGGCUGUUGCUGGAGGAUGGAUCAUACCGUGUUGUGCUUGACAAGCUCCUGGAAGAACAGGAGCAGCUGGAGAAACAAGAAGCAGCAGUGGUAGACAAGGCAACACCAGAAAAUGAUAUGGAAGUGUCACAAGCAGUGCAUAGUGAGGCACCAACUGAAUCUCAGCCAACCCUUGAACAGCAAGCUUCUACCAAUAGUUUGCCUCCCCAGGAGCAUGUACUGCCACUACCUCCAGCUACAAGAGCUGCUCCUGCAAGGCUUCCCUGCUAUGGAUGGAUCAGCGAAGAGUCCGAUACAGAUAGUGAAUCAGAGGACGAAGAAAUGCUUUCAGAUGGACAAAGGCUAGCAAUUAUCCCACAAAAGGAUGCACCAAAUCCUGCAGAAACCUUGCCUUCUACGAGGAUGCGGCCAAAUAGAUGGGAUGUGGGCCCUAACUGGGGCUGAUAUCAAAGUUGCAAGAUGGUGGCCUUCAAGGAUGGAGAACGCUUGGCGCCGGGAGCAAGAUGUCAAUCCAUGAGUUAACUUUCACCUGUAUCUUGUACAUAUAGAACUUAUCUAGCAGGGAGCAGCAGACACUAUGGGAUAAUGUAGCUUCUGUGUGGUUGCAGAUUGACUGUCUGACAGUGCCUGUGCAUUUCAGACCUGUACGUAGAAACUUUGAUCCCUCCUUAUUAAUAUGACUAGCUUUUUAGCCGAAGCAUAUAUGCCUAACUUGGUGGCAUUUGCAUUAGGAUCUGAUCAUGGAUUCUCAUAAAUUUAGUUAAGAAUUUAGCCGUUGGAAGAUCUA